AUGAUAACGAAGAUUAUUAUAUUGAUGUUUACAUUUUUUUCGAACAUACAUAAUGAAAAGAUAUAUCAUUAUAAACAAAGAAAGAAGUUUUUCAAAGGCCCAUUAGGAUAUUUAAAUAGAAAUAUCAUUGAGAAAAGACAUUACAAUCUUUAUGCUAAGAAAUUUAUAAACUAUAAAGAGAUACAAAUACAAAGAAUAAAUGAUUAUAGGAAAAGAAGUGGAGUAGACAAAAAUAAUAUAAACUAUAAUUUGAGAGAUACAUAUAAUUAUCACGAAACUCACCUUUUUGUAAGAAAUGAAGUACUACCGACGUUAGCCAAAAUAGAAAAUGAGAAUUUGAAAGAGAAAGAAAAAAAUAAGGAAAUCUUUAGAAAUAUAAAUGAUUAUAAUUCUGAUUUUACGAGACAAACAUUUUUACAAUUUCUUAUGGACUUAUAUAACAUAUUCUUAAAAAUUGAUGAUCUUUUCUUGGAAAACAAAACUUAUUUUUCAACCCUUAUUUAUAAUGGCCCUAUGCAACUGACAAAUUAUUUGUAUGAUGAUAUUAUAUAUGUGUCAUCGGUAGUUGAGAAUAGUGAUGAUGUGUCACCCAGUGAAUAUUGUAUGGAAUAUAUUUCUCAUCUUGAGAAUUUAUGUGAAGAAAAUAAAAUAAGUUUUCUAGCACAUGCUUAUGUAUUUUAUAAAAAUUUCCACUUGUCAAAAGAACAUCUUUUAAAUAGUAUAUGCAAAUAUUUAAACAUAAUUAAAAAAUUAAAGUCAUCAACUUAUGUUGCCGAUGUUGACAAUUUUGAGUUCUGCAUUAAUAAGAUGAGUAGGAAGUGGACUAGAUGGGAAAAGGAUAAUUUUUUGGCUAGUCUUCACAAUGCCACAAAUAAAAUGAUGAUAUUAACAAAACAUUUCGAAAAAGUAAAAUCAUAA